AUGGAUACCGGAAUGAAACACCGACGAAAAGUCAGAAUUCUUAAGCUCUGGCAAGUCAGGGCUCUCCGAAACAAGCGCACGCCGCUCCCAGAGCACCCGAAUGAGACACCGUGGGAGGAAUUGAAAGAUCGAAAUCUUGUUGUUGUACUAGCUGAACUGACUUCUCCGAGCAAAUCAGAGCAUCCUGACACGCCAAAGACUCCCACUGAGGUUUCCUCGUAUUACCGGCGCUGGACGCCUGAGGAAAUAAAUCUCCUCGUAAAGCUGAAGGAAGAUGGGCUGUCAUGGAAGAAUAUAGAGGUGAUUUGCAAGACCACUCGACGAAUGCCUCCCUCGGCACGAACAGAAACAACCGCUAAUCUCAACUCUAUGAUCAUAGGCUCACUUCCCCACAAGGACAGCCGCGGGCGUACGGCAGUCUUACUGGAAGAAUCGUCACAUGCUCCAUAG